GACAAGGUCGGUACACAAGUGACUAGCGUAACUUGUUGUACUGCUAGACAUGAAUGGGCAGGGGCAACAUUUUAGCUAUUUAAACACGGGGAGGGUUGCUGUGGGAUCACUGCAGUCCAGGCGCGCGCGGGGAGAGCGAGAGCGAGAGAGCUAGUGAUGUCGAGAACAUUACAGUUGUUGCUACUUCUUCUGCUAGGAGCAAUAGUUAGCGCGGAUGCUGCUUCCCGCGCUCGUAAGAACAUCGCCGACGGCCCGCACAGCUGUGGCGGCGUGGAUAUCCCCUACCCGUUCGGCAUCCCCAAUGACAACGGCGAGGUCGACUUCCGGGAGGGGUUCCAUGUCACUUGUGACGCCGGCGAGCCGGUGCUCGCCACCACCGGCGAUAAAAUACCGAUUCCGAUCGGCAACUUCUCUGUUGAAACGGCGCAGGCCAUCGUGUGGCUGCCUGUAGCCCGGCAGUGCUACGACUCCUCCGGCAAUCGGAAAGAGCCAGAGUACAUGAGACUAGAGUUCAACACCGACGGCGUGUACCGUAUCUCCCACGAGAGGAACUACCUCUUUGUCCUCGGCUGCAACACCGUGGGCUUCCUCGGGAGCGAGCCGGACAACAACACUUACGCCCAGUUCACUGGCUGCCUCUGCUACUGCAACAACUCCCAGAGCGCGGUGAGCGGUGCCUGCUCCGGCGUAGGCUGCUGCCACAGCGACGUCCCGCCAGAUCUCGUUGACAACGCGGUCUUCUUCGACGGCUACAACCACAGCCACAAGCUCGACUUCAGCCCCUGCGAUUAUGCGUUCCUGGCGGAGAAGGACCAUUACACCUUCAACACCACCGACCUCAAGAGGAGCCUGGGCGACGGCCGGAACCCCUGGUCGAUGCCGGUGGUCGUCGACUGGGCUAUCCGGGACAGCCUCACGUGCAAGGAGGCGAAAAAGAAGGACGACUAUGCCUGCAAAAGUUCCCACAGUUCCUGCCUCAACGCCACCAAUGGACCUGGAUAUAUCUGCAAGUGCCGCAAGGGCUACGAGGGCAACCCCUAUGUUCGCAAUGGUUGUACCGAUAUAAAUGAGUGUGAGCGUAUUGGCCCUCACUACCAUUGCAAGGGAGACUGCAAGAACAAACAAGGUUACUACGAAUGCACAUGCCCCAAGCACACACGCAGUGCUGAUCCGUACAGAGAAGACUGCCGCCCAGAUUUUCCACGCCAUGCGAAGAUCAUCAUAGGUGCAAUAGGGGGUCUUUUCAUUGUAGCAAUUAUGGUAGGAAUCUGGUAUCUUAUGAAAGAGAAAAGAAAGAUGAGAGAACAUUUUGUAAGGAAUGGUGGACCUACACUGGAAAAGCUUGAUAAUAUAAAGUUAUUCAAAAAGGAAGAUAUCAGGAAAAUUCAGAAAAGUAGCAACAUUAUUGGAAGAGGAGGCUUUGGUAAGGUCUAUAAGGGCUGUAUUGGGGACAAUAAUCAGCUAGUUGCAGUGAAGGAGCCUAUCAAUGUUAACUCAGCAAACAAGGAGCAAUUUGCAAACGAAAUCAUCAUUCAGUCUCGAGUCAUUCACAAAAACAUUGUCAAGCUCAUAGGUUGCUGCUUACAAGUUGAUGUCCCAAUCUUGGUCUAUGAGUUCGUGCCCAAUGGCAGCCUCCAUGAUAUUCUCCAUGGCGAUAGAAGUAUGUCCCUCAAUAUGGGGCUACGUCUUCAAAUUGCUGCAGAAUCCGCAGAAGGUCUAGCUUAUAUGCAUUCAAAAACCACUGCCACAAUCCUGCAUGGUGACGUUAAACCAGCAAAUAUACUUAUACAUGAUGAGUUUACACCAAAGAUCUCAGACUUUGGUAUAUCACGGUUGAUUGCAACAGAUAUGCAGCAUACUGGACAUGUUAUUGGUGACAUGAGUUAUAUGGACCCAGUAUUUCUACAGACGGGACUUCUAACAGACAAGAGUGAUGUCUACAGUUUUGGAGUCGUUCUCUUGGAGCUCAUUACAAGGAAGAAGGCCUCGCAUUCUGAUAACAACAGCUUACUAAGGAAUUUUCUUGAUGCCUACGGAAAGGAUAAGUCUGUGAUUGAUCUCAUUGACAAGGAACUUGCAGAGGUAGAUCGAGAGAUUCUUAAUGGUUUAGCACAGAUGAUUAUGCAAUGUCUAAAUCUCGAUGUCAGCCAGAGACCAGAGAUGACAGAUGUAGCUGAGCGUCUCCGUGACAUGGUGAAGAGGUAUCGUAGUGGUAUCAUUGCAACUUAAUACAUGACCAAGUUGAGAGAGAGAAUGAUUGGGAAAUGGUCAUGCAUUACUUAUAUGCUAUAUAUUGUGCUAAUCAAUCUCCUCAACAGAAGCUAAUAAGCUAUAGGAGGAGAUAUGUACCUUGGCUUGAAUAAAUGUCUGUAUGUACGUGUGUAUAUUGCUUGUAAUGGUUAUUCUGGUGUGCUGGGUUUAUUUCAUAA